GUCGGCGGGCAUCAAUUGAGACUUGUCUCCAUCAUACCACCUCCUGCCUUGACACCGCCACAGACGGGCAUUCGAGCAUUGCAGUCAGAGCGCUCUCUUCGACUCUCACCAUCAUCUUGUGCCAAAUACCUUUCGCCUUGGCCGGCCCUGAUCAGCUUUCGUGGAGCAAAUUGGCAGCGGCGUCAGGAGAGGUCAGGGCACGCGACCAAUUGGUCAGAGGGCCCACACAUCAUCCUCACUCAGUCACGACGGCGACGACGACGACGACGGCAGCUAGUCGUCGCUGCUUAGACGCCCGACGCCCUCUGAUAGAUCUCGAAACGGGGCGCGCGCCAACAUGGCGUCGUCUUCGUCCGGUCCUCCAUCAUCGUCGCGAGAUGACCAGGCCAAAAAGGUCCGCCGACAACCAUCAGCGCUUGCCUUUUGGCAAUCAAGAUCCGCCGACGGGGCUUCCGGGGCGACUCAAAGCAACAAUAGUAGCAAUGUCAGCUCGGCCAGCCUAGCACCGCCGACAUCGGACGUGCGGCCACCUCGGCCGCUUCGGCCAGUGACUCACGACGUUGUCGUCGAAGGCGCAGCCCUGUCGUCGUCGACACUCCCCGCGACGCUCCCCGCUUCGUCCUCCUCAUCUGCUUCUUCUUCGGCUCCAUCCUCGCCGAGUCAAACGCCGAAAGAAUCUGUCGACACGACUCCCAAGCAGUCACAGACGACUCGCAAGCAGCGGCUGGUCAUGGACCUCAAGCGGAGGCGAGCAAAGCAGGCUCAGGGCGGCGGCGGCGGCGGCGGCGGCGGCGGCAGCGGUGGGGAGAGCAACGACGUAGCGUCGCCGACGAGGAGUGAUCGCAGUCGCAGCUCAGAAGACGAGUCUGGCGUGCACGACUCCAGUGAUCCCGCCGCGGACGAACGCCUAGGACAAUUGAUGGCCGGCAUGGGAUUGAACGAACAAACUCAGCCUAUCCAGACUGCACCUCCGCCGACCAUCCAUCAUCGACCAAGUCGAUCAUACCAAGGCGCCGAGUCUCCACGCAACCAUCGAGGUGCAGCAUCUUCGCUCUCAUACGAUUCGGGUGCUCGAGCGAGAUCUUCCUCAGAGACAGCCGGCAACGACUCCUUCUUUGACGUCGGCGACAUGGACGACGAUCCCGUCGACUUUGAACUGCCUGGCGUCGUCAACGCGCCACUGAGCAGGGCAUCCGCUACUGCAUCGUCUUCAACUCUUCGCCAGCAAUCGCACGAUAGCGCCGCAGAGCGUGUACCCAGCCCAGUCUCCAAGGACAGCGCUUACAUGACUUCCUUCCUGCCCUCGCCCCCGACAAAGACGACGGGGCCGACAGCGGAGACGACACAUCCACGCCGAACGAAUCCUUCGCGUCGAAGACAAAGUCUGCAUCUUCCGCCAUCGGGUCCGCUACCACCUACACCUCCUGCCAAGUCGGCCAACGACUCCAUCUCGCCCUCGUCCUCACUCGUAGCUAGCUCGAGCUUUGCGUCCGAGGUUUCGGGGACCACCUCCUCUGCUCGUACAGACGCAAGUGCAUCGUCGCCGGAGAGGCCAACAUUCAAGACGGCCGGAGCACCGGCGGCGGCGGCGGCAGCAGCAGCGACGCCAGCUGUGAGCCCAUCGCUGGCUCCUCCCACGUCUCUCGGCCCCAAUGGUACGAUUCGAGGCCGUCCACGCGGGGCUACCGUCGGCGCUAUGCCCAGCAGCAUCAACCCCCGCAGCUCGAGCUUCAUGGGUCGGCUGAGCAGCUCUACUCGUCCUCGCUCGCUCUUGUCGCACGAGCUCAUAUUACCUGGCGCCGAUGGCCUGCCAUCGUCUACGAGCUCGCCAGCGGACUUGCAUUCGAUUCAGGCGGCAGCUCCUUCCUCUGCAGGCGGCGAGUCUAGCGCUUCGAGAAGGACAUCGUACAGCGCCGGGCUGGAGAGCUCGAUGACCAGCCUGAGCGUGCCUCAGGUCGAGGGCAGCAGCCUCGGCGAUGCGACGACUUCAACAAGCUCCGCAACAUCGGAGGAGCGACGUCCAGCUUCGGGCCGCAGUCGGAGUGGGAGCACCGCGAGCGUUCUGUUACAGCAAGUCCAAUACCCACCGCGUAGCCAAGCCAGCUUUGUCAUUGCGGUCGUGGGCCACCGCGGGGCAGGCAAGUCGACGGUCAUCCGCAAAGGGCUGCGCCAGUUUGGCCUGAGCAAGCCGCAGGUGCUUUCGGAAAAGGUUACGUCCCACUACACGGUCUGCAUCGUCGACCACGAGCAGCGUACCAUCGAGGUGCUGGAAGUAGACACAUCUGUGCUCAUCAACGGACCCAGCAAGCGAUUCGCGUGGCCCCGCUUCCUCCCCAACAUCGACGCCGUCAUUCUAUGCUACGACGCAUCGCAGCUCUCGUCGUUCCGCGGAAUGUCUGAGCUGCUGGAGAACUUUGCGAUCAGCAACCUGAGCAUCGUGAUGUUGGCUUGCAAGUCGGACAUUGAGCCGAGGGGCAUCGAUCCGUUCUACGCGAGCGAUAUGGCGGGUGUAUACAACGUGGGUCUGGCGGAGUGCACCAUGGAGAGCGAGGAGGGGAAGAAGAGGAUGCGCGACUGCUUCUCGUACUUGGUGAAAGAGGUGGCCAAGGCGAGGGCGGGCAAGGGGAAACGAACGGAGCGAGUCGGCGCAGGGACACAGCCUGAGCGCGAGGAGCGCGAGCCGCAGACGGAGCGUGAGCCACAGACAGAGCGCGAGGCGCGCGAGGCACGCGAGGCACGCGAAGCACAGCCAUCGCAAGGAUCGCUGGCUCUUGAUGGUCGGCCGCGAGGUCCGCAGCAGGCGGAGGGUCCUCCCAACGUCCGCCACGCUAGCGACUCGACGACUCGCUCGGACGACGAUGCGGUUCAGCAGAGCAUCAAUCGCGCGCAGUUGGGCUUGCAGAGCGCCAAGUCGGCGGGCGGCUACGUGACGCUGGAGGAGCUUUGGGACAAGUUGUUCUUUGCUGCAGUGACGGGAACGGACGAGCGCUUCCUGCUCAUGUUCAUGGUCUUUUACAGAGGCUUCGUCCGGCCCAUCGAGCUGCUUCGCCAGAUGAUCUCGCGCUUCGACUCCCUCGCGCAACGAGAGCAAAAGGACAGCUUGAUUCGCUACUCCCUGCUGCGAUUGGCUGCCAUGCUAGGCGACUGGAUGCAAGACUACCCAGGCGACCUCUCGGGCCCAGAGACGUUGCCUCUACUCUGCGACUUCUUCGAGCGUCUCUGCGUCCACCCGAUGACAGCGCACAUUGCCCGCGAUCUGCGCCCGCUGCUCGAGGUGGUCAAGACGGCUCCUGAUCUGGAUGCGAUUUGGAGCAAGGAUCAGGACAGCUCGAAGCCCAAGAGCGUUGCGGCGGAUGUGCCGCCCAUCAAGCCUCACACAGAGUUGCGCGAUCGCUCUGCCUCGGAUGCGUCGCGCCCCUCGUUCAAUCGCGAUCGCAGCGGGAGCGAUGCGACGGCGAAUAGUGGGAGUGAUGCACCGCCGUCGUCCGCAUCAGGUCACAGCUUGUCGUCGGGCAGUAUGGCCGUCCCGGAUCGUCAUGACCCCCUCAACCAUCCUCUCCCUCCGCCGCCCAUCACCCCGCAACGUCAGAUGGCCACUCUGCGCGCAGUAAGCAACGCGCUCCUCGAUACCCCGGACGCGGCCAUCGCUUCGGAGCUCACCCGCGUGGAAUGGUACCUCUUCAUGGCCAUUCGCCCGCGCGACCUCCUGCGUCACAUCCUCGUGCCGCGAGAGCUGCGACGUGGGGUUGGAGGACGCGGCGCCGGCCCCGUCGCUCGCUCCAUCGAUCACUUCAACUACGUCUCUUACUGGGUAUGCUCGAUGGUCCUCGUGCAGCACCGCUCCAAGGGUCGUGCGAAGAUGAUUGACAAAUACAUGAACAUCGCAUCGAUCCUACGACACGACAACAACUACAAUACCCUUCAAGCCGUACUCGCAGGACUAGGGAAUGCGGCCGUCCACCGCCUCAAGCACUCCCCUCACCACCACAACGCCGAGCUCGCAAAGCCAUUUGCCAGUCUACAGAAGCUCAUGGGCGUCGGCUCCUCUUACCGCUCGUACCGCAUGGCCCUGGAGAAUAGCGAGGGCCGCACGAUUCCGUACCUGGGCGUGCACCUGCAGGACAUUCUCUCGAUGAGCGACGGGAACCCAUCCAAACGCGCGUCAGACGGGAUGAUCCACUGGCGCAAGUUCUCGCUCAUGGACGAAGCCGUCAUGGCCAUUGUGCAUUGCCAGCAGUGGGGCCAGAAGCCGCUGCCUGCCAAUCACGCCGUCGAGCGGCUGGUCAUGGAUCUGCCGGUGAUGGACGAGGAUGCGCUUUAUGAGAGGAGUUUGGAGGUGGAGCCGCGGGCGAGGGAGCUCGCGCCGGCAGGGGGAGGAAGCGUCGCGCGAGCAGGGGGUAAUGGCGGCGCCGCAUCGACGGAUGGGUCUAGUAGUGUAGCCUCUUCGCUCUCGGCGGCGCUGCCGGGGAGCAAGUACAUAUCGCGCGUCUUCUAGGCUCGAGAAGACGAGAAGAAUCAUGAUACCUUUUUGCGAUCGC